ACUGCUCUUGGAGCGUCAGUGCGAGCUGAGGUUCCUCCCCCGACGAGACGAGCGACGACUGCUCGAUCCGGGCCGGUCGGGCGGCGAUUUGGCAUUGGCUGGCCGCAGGACGCCGGCCGGCUCUGAAUCAAUCCCGCGCCGGCCGCGGACCCCGUGCAGCGCGGCGCCGUUCUUCCGCGGCUGCUUGCCCUGCACUGCCACGCCCCCCACCCCCCCCCCCCCACCCCUCCCUAGCUGCGGGUUCCUUCUUCCGGCGUUCGAAUCCUAGGUUUUUGAUAACCAGGGGGGAUGGAUGUAGAGAGAGCUGCAUCGAAGGGACAUGGCAUCUUUGGCCUGUUUGAUUGGGGCAAGGGCAAGAAGUCCAAGAAGCGCCUGUUCACCGGAAACGGGGGCGAUUCUCCGACACCGGGGAAUACCGUAAAUGGGAAGGAAGUUGAUGGCAGUGCGCCAAGUACACCGUCCAACUCGAUGCUUGAAGAUGCUCCGAGUUUGAAGGAAAGCAGUGAGCACAGUUCUUCAUCGUCAGUAAUUGGGGAUGAAGCUCACACGAGGAGGGGACCCACUGUUGUGGCGAGGCUUAUGGGUUUAGAUUCCAUGCCUGAGGCAAGCUCAUCUGGAUCCUGCUUGAUGCCUAUAACCGUGCAACAAUCUUUUCAAAAUAAUGUCCAUGGUGAGUUUGUUGGCAGAAGUUAUUUUGGCAGUCCCAGUUCUCAUAAGAUGCCAAGUAGUCCUAUUGACCGAUUUAGAAUGGAAGCGCUGCCUCCAAGAUUUGCCAAAAGGGCAGGUUCAGUUGCACAACACAAGUUAUUCUCCCCGGUAAAAAAUCCUAAUCAUAUAUCAAGCAGAAAUGCUGCUGAUAUAAUGGAGGCAGCAUCUAGGAUUAUUGGUCCUGGAGUUGAGAAUUCUAGCUCUUACAGAGUACGUGAUGUUGGAUACUCAACCGAUGUGCGUGCCUUCAAUCCAUCAGGGAUUGUAAGAGCCCAACAGAUGUCCCAAGCGGCUAAGAAGCGUGACUGCUCAGCAUCUUCUAAGCAAUCCAGUGGAAAACCUGUGAGUAGAAGUUUGGUCACUUCAGAGACUUCCUCUUCUUCCAGGGUCUCACAGUCAAAUGUAUGUGCUCCAUUUGGUCCAAAGGUCAAGGCCAGCAGUAGACCAUCACCUGAUUCUAGAGGUACAAAUGCUCAAGGAAGAGAAGGUAUAAGCAAAAACAGUAGGAAACUUGCAACUCGUAUGCAUCCUGAACAUAACAUUUUUGAGGGCAAUGGAUGCAACCAACAAAAGAGUAAUAAUAACCAAAAGGACACGGCAAGUUCUUCCAAUGUGCUUGUACAAAAUAACCGAAAACGGAAUGCAAUUGGUGCUAAGCAGAUGGUGAAUUCAAAGUCAGCAAGACUCAGCCAACAACAAAGCAACAUGCAUUCAACAAAUGCCUCUCCCAGGAAGGCUGGGAUCACCAGCACACGCGCUGUAAACAGUAUGACAGGCAACAGAAAUGGGGAACUGCAGCAAACCAACUAUGCAAACAGAAGACACAAUUCUACAGCAAAAACAAUUCCCAAGCCGAGAAGAUUGCCAGAUGGGAGGAUGCACUCUAAGAAAAGCCAGUCAAUUGAUAAAAUUCUUGCUGAGAGAAUCCAAAAGCGUGUUCAGCACAAUAUUGGGGUAGAUGAGCAAUCAUCUUUCUCCACAAAUAAAAAGAAAAUCAGCACUGACAUUGUUUCAUUCACAUUUACCUCACCAGUUCACAAAUCAUUACCUAGUUCUCAAUUUCGAAAUCAUUCAGUGGAGUCCCGGUCUAUAGAGAAUGUGAACUCAUUGACAAUUUCAAGCGAUACCUCAAAUACUAAACCUGAUGACAUAGAUGGUGAUUAUUUGGGACUUCUUCUGGAACAGAAGUUGAGAGAAUUGACUUCUCGGGUGAGGCCACCCUAUGCUAAGCCAGCCAAUGGAGUUCGAAUAUACGCCCCUUCACCAGCUUCGGAGGAUACAGCAUCAGCAUCUGAAACAUCUAGCAUCACAUCUACUGCGUAUGACAGGGAAUCCUUACGACCUUUUAAGGAUGGAAAAAACAAACUCCUCCAUGCAGAUCUUGCAUCAAAAAGUGGUCAGUCAUCUCAAGGUCUGAAGUAUGAUAAGGAUUUCAUCGACCAAGUGGACUUGGAGCAUCUUCACUUAAGCCAGCACUCUACAUGGGAAACCUCUCUUUCGGCAGAAACCGGUAGCUCUGCAGAGAGCUGGAGAAAUGCAGGCGAAUCAAGGUUUUUUGGUGCAACAGAAGGAGCAGAGACAUCUGGUUCUGCACAUGAGGACGGUAGAUCUCUAGAAGUGGACGAUGCUUUAUCAGAAUAUUCAGACACGGCCUCAUCAAUCACAGGGGGGACUACAACAGUCGAAACCCUGCCAUCAGAGAGCAGCAGCUCGUCAUGCCAGGUGGAUCGUAGUACACCGGAGAUCGACUUCCUAAGAGAAAUACUGAAUGCGAGCUCUCUGAGCGGCCAAGCUAGCUCCUGCUUUGAGCGAUCGGGCACCUUGGAUAUCCUGGAUCUGCGCCUCUUGGAAGAACUGAACGGGAAUCUCAGGCCUGCAACUGGCGAAGAAGAACAAGAGGACAAGACAGCCUGCAGGACGACCCGGAGGCUGCUGUUCGACUGCGCGAACGAGCUGCUGAGUGCCAAGUGCGCCUACUACCUUGAUGCCGGGUACUGCUCGUGGUUUACGGGGACAGCGGUCCUGCGCAAGCUGUCCCCGGAGGAGCUGUACCGAGAGAUGACGGGUUGCUGCCUGAUGGAGGCGGCGGAGGAGUCGAUGGUGGACGAGCUGGUGUACAGGGAGAUGGGCGGCCCGCGCGGGGGGAGCUGGGUGGGUUCUUUCAAGAUGGAGUCGUUCGAGGCCGGCAGAGACGUCGCGGCAGAGCUGCUGGAGUCGCUGGUCAACGAGAUGGUCGCCGAUCUCGUAUGUUUCCCUGUGAGUUGUGGCUGGUCUUAAAAAGUUUAUUUGUUGAUUGUAUUUGUAUCCUGUUGCUGGUAUCAUUGACUCAGUGCAGCUGUUUCUGGAUCAAUUAAGAUGGGUUGGUUGUUAGUAGAAAUUCCUUCCUUGAUUGAUGCCCUGCUGGAGAAGGCAUGGUCAAAUAAUAUAUAGGUUGGGAUUAUUAUUGCUUCUUCUUCUUGCAUGAAUAUAACUUACUACUGCUUGCCAGGCAGUAGUGGCAAUCCCGGUUUCAGAUUU